AUGGAAGAAUCUUCACAAGAAAAGUACCAGAUUAGUAUAAAUUGUGAGGAUUAUGAUGUUGCUUUGAGCUAUAUUGAGUCAAAUCCACAAAGGUGCACAUUGCCAGAUGACAUAGGAAGUGAAAUUGAAGAUGUUGAAAAUAGUAAAGUAACCAAGGAAGUAACUGAGGAAGUAACUAAUGAAAAGGAACAUAUUACUGAAAUAUGGACAUGGACACGAAGAAAACCAACUGAACGAGACAUAGAGGCAACAAAAGUUUUGUUGACAUUAAGGCAAAGAGACUUUAGACUUUUUGAUGACAAGAAAACAUCCAAGGGAAAAUUAUGGAAUGAAAUAGCAGAUACUUUUUAA